AUGAGGGAUUUGAAGUCCUUCGUGACGUCGCGGCUGCGGACCUUCUACGAGGAGGAGCUCGACGUGCCGCUCGUCGUCUACGACGACGUCGUCGCGCACGUGCUCCGCAUCGACGCCGCGCUGCGGGGGCCGCCAUCGGGCCACCUGCUCCUCGUCGGCGAGUCGGGCGUCGGCAAGAGCGUGCUCACGAAGUUCGUCGCCUGGAACAACGGCCUGAGCCUCCACGAGGUGCAGGCGACGCGCCACUACACUUUGGCGAAAUUCGACGACGAGCUCCGGGGCGUCAUGCGCCGCGCGGGCGUCGACCGCGAGCGCAUGGUCCUCGUCAUCGACGAGGCCGACGGCGUGUCCAGCGCGUUCCUCGAGCGCAUGAACGCGCUGCUCGCGUCCGGCGAGGUGCCGGGCCUCUGGGGCGUCGACGACACGCAGCGGCUCCUCGCGGGCUGCCGCGAGGCGAUGCGCGCGGAGGGCCCCGGCGGCGACGACGCCGCGGACGACGCGGCGAUCCUCGACUGGUUCGCGCGCAACGUGCGGCGGAACCUGCACGUCGUCUUCACGCUGAACCCGGGCUGCGACCCGACGAGCCUCACGCGGCGCGCGACGGCGUCGCCGGCGCUCUUCAACCGCUGCGUCGUCGACUGGUUCGGCGCGUGGUCGCCGCAGACGCUCGCGCAGGCGCGGCGCGGCGCGCUCGGCGCCGACGCGCGCGCGGCCUGCGACCUGAAACUCAAAGCCGCGCUCGCCGCGGACGGCCCCGUCGGCGGCGGCGGCGACGACUCCGACGACGACGACGAUUUAGAAGCGCCGGCGCCGUCGCUCCGCCACGCCGCCGUCGCGGCCCUCGUCGGCGCGCACGCCGCCGCCAAGGCGCGGCGUAGGGAAGUUUCGGCGCGCGACUUCGUGGAGCUGGCGAGGUGCUUCGCGCGCGAGUGCGAGGCGCGGCGGUCGCGCCUCGAGGGCGCGCAGCGGCGCAAGACCGCGGGGCUCCGGGAGCUCGCCAAGGCGCGCCAGUCCGUCGCGGCCAUGCAGGGCGACCUCAAGGCGCAGAACGAGCAGCUGGAGACGCAGGAGGCGAUCGGCCGCGAGCAGCUCGAGAAGAUGGUCGUCGACCAGCAGCAGGCGGAGCAGAAGCAGGCCCAGGGCGCCGUGCUCCAGAAGGAGCUCCAGGCGCGGACCGGCGACAUCGAGGAGCGCAAGAAGACGGCCGAAGCGGAGCUCGCCGAGGCCGAGCCCGCGUUGAUCCGCGCGCGCGAGGCCGUGUCGGGCAUCAAGAAGUCGCAGCUCGACGAGCUGCGGAGCCUGCGGAACCCGCCGCCGAACGUCAAGCGCACGCUCGAGGCCGUGCAGAUCCUGCUCGGCCUCCUGCCGCUCCAGGCGUCCUACUCCUGGGACGACGUCCGCAAGGCCAUGCGCAAGUCGGACUUCAUCGCGACCGUCGUCGGCUUCUCGCCCUCGGACAUCGAGGACUCGAACGCGAAGAUGGGCGACGACGCGAAGGAGAUUGUCGCUUUAGAUUACGACAUCGUCCAGCGGUCGUCGCAGGCCGCGGGGCCCCUCGUGCUCUGGGCGUCGUCCCAACUCUCCUACUGCGAGAUCGAGCGCAAGGUCGAGCCCCUCAAGCAGGAGGUCGAGAAGCUCGAGUCCGAGACGAAGGAGACGCGGGAGUUGGUGGACGCUUUACAGAAAGAAUUGGAAGCGCUGGCGAAAUCCGUCGCGGGCUACAAGGACGCGUACGCGGCCGCCGUCCGCGAGGGCGAGCGCAUCAAGGCGGACAUCGACGCGGGCAAGACGAAGGCGGAGCGCGCCGUGCGGUUGCUCGCGUCGCUCGCGGACGAGCAGGACCGCUGGCAGGAGGAGGCGGCGACGUUCCCCGAGACGAUGCAGCUCGUGCCCUACCGCGCGCUCGUCGCGGCCGCGAACGUCGCGUACUGCGGG